AUUUGACGUUUGUCAUGCAGACUUUUGUUGAUAGAUGUGAUGUUUUGUAUUUUUAAAACACAAAUGGCACUAUAUUUCAAAUAAUACUAUUCUACAUAAAUCGAUAAACGCCGACAGUACAUUUAAAUGAUUUUUUUUCUGAGCGAUUGCCGUAACCGACUCAAUUAUCAACUUAGGAAUUGCGUAAUUCUUGUAACAUUCCAAAAAUAAAGAUGACUUCGACGGAAGAGGAGGUACACACCCCUGAGAGAAACGGCAGCAAUGAAUCUGUGCAAGUGAUAGUACGAUGUAGACCAUUAAGUGAAAAAGAAAUCCAGGCACAAUGCACCACUGUAGUGAAAAUGUACCCCUCUAGAGGUGUUAUCGAAGUAGAAAACCCCAAAGCUAGAAGCGAGAACGAAAAAAAUAAAAUAUUUACUUAUGAUUCUGUGUAUGAUGAAAGUUCAACACAACAGAAUCUGUAUGACGAAACCGUACGGCCUUUGGUUACAUCGGUACUAGAAGGAUACAAUGGCUGUGUGUUCGCCUAUGGUCAAACAGGUACUGGAAAAACAUAUACAAUGGAGGGUAGAGAAGGUGAUGAGAUUGGAAUCAUUCCUCGGGUAUUUGACCAAAUCUGGGCACAUAUUGCCAGAAAAACUGGAGUGGAAUUUCUCGUUAGCGUCAGAUAUAUGGAAAUCUACAUGGAAGAAAUUAGAGAUCUGCUUCGUCCAAAAAGCGGCAAAUCCCACGACCUUAGAGAAAAUGCUACUUCUGGAGGAGUAACCGUAACCAACUUGCAUUCUUCUACCUGUCAGUCGACCAGAGAUAUGCUGAAGGCUAUGAAAGCAGGUAAUCAUAACAGGAGCACUGGAGCUACUGAUAUGAACGAACAUAGCUCUAGGAGCCACGCUAUUUUUCAGAUCUCCGUUGAAAUGGCAGAACCAAACUCUGAAAGCGUACGAGUAGGCAAAUUGAAUCUUGUAGACCUGGCUGGUAGUGAAAGACAGAGCAAAACAGGAGCGACUGGUGACAGAUUGAAAGAAGCAACCAAGAUCAACAAAGCCUUGUCGUCUCUGGGAAAUGUCAUCUAUGCUUUGGCAGAGAACUCUGCUCAUAUUCCAUACCGAGACUCAAAGUUGACGAGGCUGUUGCAGGAUUCGCUUGGAGGAAAUAGCAAGACUAUCAUGAUCGCCAAUAUUGGGCCCGCUAACAUGAAUUAUGAGGAGACUAUUGUCACCUUGAGAUAUGCUUACAGAGCUAAAUCGAUCAAGAACACACCAGUGAAGAACGAAGAUGUGAAAGAAGGUAAACUACUCGCUCUCCAACAAGAAAUAGAACGCCUGAAGAGGAUGAUAAUGGAGAAGAGCAAUGGUCAGUUUGACUCGACGGUGAGAGACGGAGAGACUGAAGGAUCUGAAAUGGAAGAUGAGAGCGACAAAGAAGAGAAGGAGAAGAAACUGGAGUUGGGUAAGAUGGAGGUGGAUGAGUUGGCGAAGAAACUCAAGACGUUGGAAAAGCAAAUGGUACAUGGGGGGAAAAAUAUUGUGGAUAGUGUCAAUGAGAAUGAGAUGAAGUUGGAGCAGCAAAGAGCUGAGAUUGCAGCUAGAAAGAAAAGGGAAAUUGAGAUGCAACAAAAACUCGAGCUAGAAGAAGAAACAUGCUCCGAACUAAAGCAGGUGUUCGCAAGCCUUCAACAACAAGUAGACUUUAAGAGAGAGAAAUUGAAACGACUGAACAACAAGCUCCAGUCGAUUAGGCAAGAAAUAAAGGAUAACCACGAAGUUUACGUCAAAGAUCGACAAGAAAUUGAAGAGGCCAAUGAUGAAGCAGCAUUUUAGGACGCAAAAGUACAAACUAUCAUUCAACCUGCGUAUCUCAACUAGGAUUGCUCACCUGGAGGAGGAACUCAAUUUAUAGCCUGUAGGCUGAAAACGAGAUAUUGAUUAGGAUCACCUCGGACACAAUAUAAAGCCCCCCUCACAGACAUCUGCGACAGUGGUUUCUGGUAAUAGACAACUUCGUGCCUGCUGAGGAGAGAUCAAGAUUGAUCAACCUGGCUCAGUAUGAUGAAAAUGUGGACAAUUGGAUUUUGAGGAAAGAGAAAAUCAGGGUGAACCCUGCUGAUAGACCAUUUGCUCAUAACUAUAGAAGGCCGAUUUCCGAUGCUGCUAUUCAGAUGAGUCAAAAUUCUCCUAAGUAUAGGGGUGAAAACAUCCUAGACCUGAAACUGGACAUGCCUCUACGUACCACGCAGGACUACCAAUCGCCCAGCAUCUGUCCGCAGAUCAAAUCCAUCGUAUCCGAUGUCAUCAGAGCUGAAAUGGAAAGCAACAGGGUGGUGGUGAAAAUGCCCACGCAUUCCGCAGGUCGAAAUUCCUCAAAGUUAGAACAGGAGGGCAAGUACAAACAGGCUACUAAGGCUAUGGUGGACAUGCAUAAUUACAGAAAUCGACAAGGUGCUAAGUCGGCAAAGGCGGUAUUCCAAUAGAAGUAGAAGGAGAAGAUAUCUUUUUACACGUUACCAUCCAUUUAUCGGUAUUAUUUUACAUUUUAUUAUACAUUUUUAUGCUUUCAAUUAUGUGAUAUUAUUUCCGUAUCUAGUCGCUGAUAAAACACUGUUUGUCGGACAUCUGACAAUACCUGCUAUCUGACAUUUAUACCCAAUUUGAGGUAUAUGCACAUUUUUCUUUGUCUACCUACAGCGCACAUUGUGAUAGUUCGCUAACUGCAGAAAAAUUUAGUUUUUGAAUUAUUCAGCCAAAACAAUAUCUACUACUGGCAACACGUCUGUCAAUGAGCGGCAAUUCCAGCUAUCUGACAAUUACGCGUGCUAUUUUUCUUAACUUUGCAAUGAAACAUGACGAUGUGAUUUCUCAGAAACAUCUCACCAAAGGACACACCCAAAAGGAAUGUGACUCUGUACACAGUUGCAUUUAAAGAAAAUUGAGAAAUGGAGUUAUUGAAUUACCAAAUGACUAUGUUCAGGUGUCAAAAGAAGCUAGGACAAAACCAGAGCCAUAUGAGGUGAUCCAAUUGAGUUACGACUUCUUCAAGGACUACUCUCGAACAGAGGUACAGCGAUACUCAACAAUUAGACCAGGCAGGGACAAUAUAGUCAUGGACAUCAAAGUAUGUUAUAAUCCCGAUGGAAAAAUUGAAGUGAAACUAGACUUCAGUGUAGAGCAUCAGGAGUUGCAUAUGAGACCAAAACAGCUAUCCGUCAUUUCAGAUUAUAAGUGUUAUAUGUAAGGACUGUCACAUGUUUUACGACAAUUUGCCAUAUGUCAAGGAAAGAAGGUGAACGUUCAUUUAAAGUGAAACUGAGAAUACAUGCUAUUAUCUUUUUGAUUUGUAAAAGCAUUAAACUUUUAAUUUGAUAUAAUGCAUAACAGUUUUUCUAACACGAAUCUCACUAAAUCCAUCUACAUCAUAGUACAAUAUCUGCUAAGUGCAAAGAAAGUUAGCAGAAAUAUCAGCUAUCUGCACUAAUUUUGUCAAUUAAAGCUUCAUUUAGAUAAAAACGCAUUAAAUAUGUGUUAAACGUCAUUUAUUUUUUGUGGCCAAAGUUGUAAAAUCUUGAGGCCGGUAGUAUAAAAUUGAUAAGGUUUUUUUCGUCCCCUGUAAAAUUUCGGCUCCUGCAUAUAGCAGGUAUUGUCAGAUGUUCGACGUGCUGUUAUUCGUCUGAUGUAAACUUACAUCCGCAAUUCCGUUCGAAAGUUUGUAAGCAAAAUACAGGUAUUUUAAACUUAAAUAUGCUAGGUUAAUAUGUGUUCAUACUUCAAAGAGACAAAAUUGAUAUAACACUGAUCUAGUCAGUGAUAUCCCAUCUAAAUGGAAUAUAAGGGGUGAUUAUUAGUUUUACAAAGAAAUAUAGGAUCAGUCAACUUUUUUGGGUUAUUUUUCAAGUGAAAUUGAACGCCGCCAGAUGGGGCAUCACGCAGCUUUGAAGAAUAAGGGAACAGUGGCCUAGCCAAGAUUAAAUUUGCCUUAACAGUUGAUGCUGAGGUUGGUUGGCAGCUGGCGCUAUAGACUAAUUGGUUAGGUCGGCUCCACCGAAGGAGAUGCGGGUUCGAAUCCCGCAUUUCCUAUCUGCCAAGUUGUUGUUUACUAAACAUACCCGCUAUUGCGGAUUCGCUCAUCCGAAAAAUCGUAUAUAGCUUAUUGACCUCGCACGGUGGUACCGUGGGGUGUGCCCACGAAGCGGCGGGUUGCAACUAGAAAGCGAUUGGAGAUACCUUUCCAAUGCGGUUGUAAAACGCCGCCAGAUGUGGCACUAAGACAGCAUGAGAGAAGUUGCUGUUUACUAAACAUACUCGUUGUUACGGAUGUGCUCAUCCGAAAAAUCGUGUGCAUAACUAGCCAAUAUUUCAUUAAAGAUGAAAAAGUGUUUCAAACUUUUGGACGGUAGUGUAAACAUAUUUUAUCGGGCAGCUCAUUUUAAAUAUAUACUUAUUUUUAUAUAUUUGCAUCUCACCACGCUGUGAACGCUGGAUCUAUGCAGUAUUUUAUAUAUUUAUUUAUUGUCAAUCCAUAGGAUUGUCCGUUAUACUUGUUCCAAUAUAGUAUUAAUAAAAUACGACUUCGGCUUUCUAAUGCGGUAAAUUAACAGUACAACAGUCGGUUUCUUUACUUGGAAAGGUCCUACUUAUUUAUGCUCAAAAAGUAUAAGUAACUCGCUAUUAGCACAAGAAAUUCAAAAAAUGCUUAAGAAGGAGUAAUCAUCCAAAAGUUGUUCCCCUACAGUUUCAUAACUUGAUGACAUAAGGCAAAUAUUAAAAGUGUUAAAUAAUAUCAGAGUACAGAAAAGGUGUCGGCUUGCUAGCCUUAACGCCACGGGAAUCCCUAUUGAUCUAUUGUGACCCCCUAUAUACGCUGACUAAAGCACUGUGUUCAGCCUUGAUCGUUUAAUCAAACUCCAUAGCCUUGACACGGGGCUUUGCAUGUAGCUUUCCGCUGUUGCAGUCGUGAUUCCUAAUGUCUGAAACCAAAGCUUUGCCAGCCCUUCGCAGUGACACAAGUCAUGCAGUGGGUUUUCCUCUCUGCCAGACCCAACAGCCUUUUAUGUCAAUUUAAUCGACAGUGUCCUGUUACGAGACCCACUAUGGCCCGUAUGUCCUUCCUAUUAAAUCUAAGUAGGUCGUCUUUAAAUGGCUGUUCUACCAUUCUAGGGACUUUUUCUUAGUCCACUUUCUUAUGGACUGUUAAGUGCGCGUUCUCCUCACGCCACAGAAAGGCUCUGUUCCUAUAAGACGAUUAGCCGAACCCUGUCGGGUAGAUCAUUCGCCUUCUCAUUUUGAUUGUGCCCUCCUUGCCCUGGUACUAAAGCAAUGUUACCUUGUUUUGGUUGACCAGCUCUUUGAGGCUAUAGUAUUUACGCAAUCCCCUAGUAAUGUAGACGAUAUUUGCGAUGAACUCAAUGUCUUGAUAGCUGCCUGGCUGUCUGAGCAGAGGACGAUCGACUGACUUACAGUUCCUUUCCUUAUUAGCUCUUUUGUGCAGGUUUGAAUGGCUGUUGUAUCAGCCUGAAAUAGUGUUGCUAUGUUGCCUAGACUUAAUGAGGUACUCGGUUUUUGGCCUUGUCCCAUAAAUAUCGGCUCCGUCUUCAGUUUUAGAGCCGUCCAUAUUCCAGUAGUUUACCGCAUGGAUAGGAUGUACUUUUUCUCACCCCUUCCUUUCUAGUACUAUUGUUUGAUAGUUUUUAUCGAAAUUGUACAUUGAAAUAGUUGUGACAGUGGGCAUUACCAUUGUAGGAUCUGCCUUCAGCUACAUGUCAAAUGAUAUCAGCUUUAACUACGAUACGUUUUAGAAAUUAUAUGAAUGCACUUUCCUCUGUUUUCAUUGAUCAACAUUUUGUUAAAGCAGAAUCACUUUAAUACUUUUUGCCAGGAUUUUAAGUAUGGGCUUUCCUUCAUGUAGCACUAUUCGUUAGUACUCGUUAGUGAAAAUGUGGUAGAUAAAUUAUCGUCGUUAUUAAGCGUUUGAUGUAUAUAUUGCAUAUUUUGUUUUUACGAUUGUUUUAUUUUUGUUACCAGUAUUUUUUCCAGUGAAAUCAUGUUCUGUGAUUUGUAUAUUGCACCUAUUUUUGAAUGAAUAAAUCGCCUCUAUUAGAAUCAAA